AUGUCAGAAGAUCAUACGAAUAGCAAAGAAUACGCCGUUGUAUCGACCAGCAAGAUUUGUGAUACGUUUGAUAAUUUGAGAACAUUUUUUCCUGAUGAAUUGAACAAUUCUGGAGAUUAUAUUAUUAAAGGGAGACAAUACAAAACACAUUUUUGUAAAUCAAAUUAUACCGAUGUAGAUAAAAUUAAUGGCUAUAUCUUAUGGUUAUUCAAUAGUAUUUUAAAUGGUAUAUAUAAUUGUGAGUCUAAAGAAAGCUGUGUUACUGUGGGGGUUGUAUAUAUAUUGGGAUGGCUAAGUUAUAAGUUAGAUCAAAAAACAGAAAACAAAGUCAUCAAAUUAAACGAUUUCUAUACUAUGUAUAUAGAAAAUGGGAAGGAGUAUAAACAGUCUAUAGAAAAUGUGAAGGGGUAUAAACAGUCUAUAGAAAAUUAUAUGGAAUAUAAAACUUAUAAGGAAAUUAUAGAUAAAAAUAAGAAAUUGAUGGAUGUUGAUAUUAAAGUUAUAUCUAAAUUUUAUGAUCUAUUUAAUAAUUUGUGUAAAAUGUAUAAUGAGCUUUCAAAGGUGAGGAGUAAAAGCGAGGAAUAUUUAAAAUAUGUUAAUAAUUUUGCUGAUAAUUAUAAUAUUCUUUUUAAUGAUGCAAACUCUAAUUUAUUUAAACAAGUACUAUCUGCUGCAUCAUACGAUUAUAAUUAUAUAAAAAAUACAUCAAAUGUUGAAUCUAUAAUAAAACAAUUUCCAGAACUUAUAACGGAAAAAAAAACACAAAUUACUUUAAGUUCUGAUGAAGCAAAAACUGUCUCCUCGAAUGGAAUGCCAUCACCAAGUUCUGAUACUAAAGUAUCAGAUUCUGAAACUGAAGUAUUACAUUCUGAAAAUGAAUUAUCAAAUUCUGAAACGGCACAAUCAAUUCCAUUGGUAAUAAAUAAACUAAUUCCAAUUCCAUUUAUAUUUGUUGUAACAUUAAUUUUAUUAGGAAUUGUAUAUAAGUAUUCGUUAUUUGGAUUUCGGAAACGAUCCCAAAAACAAUAUUUAAUAAAAAAGCUAAAAAAAUAA